AUGACUUGGGUCAUUUUCCUUUUGAUUCUACUUACACCAAUUCACGCAGUCUUUGUUAGACCAACAUUUUCAGCGAAAAAUCGAGGAAUUUGCUCGGAAUUCGGGUGAGUUUUUUUUGAAAACAAUCGGGAAAGAAAAUAUUUGUUUUUCAAAUCCACGUGGAAAACAAUUUAAAAAUAAUUUUUACGACCAAAAUUGAAAGCAAAUUUUUUUCAGACACAAUUGGGCUGCUGAAAUUCGCUGCCUCCGACAAUAUCUCGAUUCCUGUAUUGAAACAAAUAAUGAACCAGAAACAGAUUUUGAUAUAAAUUCUGCUUCUCGCGGACUUCGAUCGCUCGCCGGAAAUUAUCAAAUCUAUAAUGGAUAUCCUGUCAACAAUCAUUUUAUUGCACCUUCUUUUAAAAAUUCACAAACCAGCCUCAAGAAUUCACCUCUUCCACCAGUUUCAAUUACAAAUUCAAAUACUUGUAAUUGUUCAUCACUUGAAAUCAAAUUCGAAAAGAAAUUAUAUCAAUCUCAAAAAUUGGCAGAACAUCAAUGCGAAAUGAAAAUAUCCGAAGUGCAAACAAAAUUAGAACUCGAUUUGGCAGCUUAUCAAAAAAUGACUGAUAAAGAUUUGCGAGAUAUUCAACGAAAAAUGGAGGCGAUUGUUGCACCAAAACGAUUUUUCAAUGGAUUUGAAUAUGUGUUUUUCGACAGAUUUGAAUCUUGGUAUUUGGCUGAAGAAUAUUGUAUUGGUUGGGGUGGACAUUUGACAUCAAUUCAUUCAGAUGAAGAAAAUCAAAUUGUUUCGAGUUAGUUUAUAUUAAUUAAUUAAAGGGUUGGUGCUUUCCUGGUGAAAAAAUCGUCUGCAAAAAGGCGUCACCGUGUUAUUUUCAAAGUUGUGUGCAAACACACACACAAAAAUUCAAAAACAAGUUGUGCGCUAGAGCGCAUUUACAUGCUUUAUUUCGUAGGUUUUAACUCGCUUGUGUUUUUGAGGAAAAACAUGGGCUGAAUUGAUACUAGAAUUUUUUCUAAAACUGGAACCUUCCAGGAGCACCUUAUUCUUAUCUAAACCAAGCAAGAUUCCUUGGCGGAGGACCAACCCUUUAACCAAUUAAUCUCAUUAUUAUUUUAAGGUCUUGUUCCGAAGACAAAAACCGCGUGGAUUUCAUUGAAUGAUGUGCAAAAAGAAACUAUUUUUGUGAACACUGACAAAACGAAUAGCGAUUAUCGAAAUUGGAAAGAGGGUGGGUUUUGAAAUGAAAAAUGAGAGAAAAUUCCGCAAGCAUCGGUGGUUCAGUGGUAGAAUGCUCGCCUGCCACGCGGGCGGCCCGGGUUCGAUUCCCGGUCGAUGCAAUCUUUUUUAACCUUCUCAAUAUUGAUUCCAGGUCAACCCGACAAUGGUCUUCACAACGAGAAUUGCAUCGAAAUUCAAGGAAAUUCAGGAGAAUGGUCAGAUUUGUUGUGUUUGGUAACACGUCAAUUUGUUUGCAAAAAACCAUAUGAUUGA